AUCCAAAAUAUCCCAAGAUGGGAGCUAAGAAGCCAGAUCCCAAGGGUGGGUCUAAAAAAGGACCAGCUAAACCGAAGAAGGAUGGAGGCAGUGGCGGUGGAAAAGCCAAGAAGAAGAAGUGGUCGAAGGGAAAGGUCCGAGACAAACUCAACAACUUGAUUCUGUUCGACAAGGGAACGUACGAGAAACUCUACAAGGAGGUUCCCAGCUACAAACUGAUCACGCCCUCCGUCGUGUCGGAAAGAUUGAAGAUCCGCGGGUCACUCGCCAAGGCUGGUCUUCGCGAACUUCACGCUAAAGGUCAGAUCCGACUGAUUUCCAAGCAUCACUCACAGCUCAUCUACACACGGGCGACUAAAGGGGAGGAGGCGUAAAACGUGACUGUUUAAAUAAAGACUCUUAACAACA